GGGCCGACAUGGAGGCCGCGGCGGCCGGCGGCGAGUGGCCCGGCCAGGACGCGACCAGCCAGGUGAUGCAGCCUCCGCCGGCCGCCCCCCUCCCGACGCGAGCAUGUCCCUAGACCUGGCGGCGAAGCAGUACCUGGCCACCGGCACGUUGCCGGAGGCGGGCGCGGCUGCAGGGGCCCUGGUGCCCGCGCCGCCGCCGCCGCAGUACGGGCAGCAGCCGCCGCCGCUGUCGUCGUUCCCGCCGUCCCAGAUCACGGGCGACGCCAUCGGGUGGCUGGUGCCCAACGACCGCGCGCCGCGGCUGAUCGGCAAGCAGGGGGCGGGCCUCAAGCAGAUCCGGGAGGCGUGCAAGCAGAGGGCCGAGGCCCGCCCGGAGACGGACCCGGGCAACACGCUGCCGCCGGUCUUCUGCCGCCUGACCAUCGCGGGGUCGCACGAGGCCAUGUGCGCGGGGUUCGCGCAGGCGCUGCAGCGGGCGUACGGCAAGGAGAUGCAGGAGCGACCCCAGGACGUGAUCGCGGUGGAGAUCCGCAUCCCCCCGAACUGGGCGGGGAUGGUCAUCGGCAAGGGCGGCGAGAAGCUGAAGGCGGUGAAGGCGACCUACUCGGUGGAGGCCACGGUAGGGAGAGAGCCCGUGUACCACGCCGCGAACGGCACGGAGGAGCGCGCAGUGACCCUCACGGGCCCCGGGCCCAACCUGGCGCAGGCGCUGCAGGUGCUGCUCACGCCGAACAAGGGCCAGGGCGCUGGGGCGGCAGCAGGACUGUCCGUCCCAGGGCUCGGCAACCUCGCCGGGUUGGCAGGGCUGACCGGGAUUCCUGGCCUGGCGCAGCUCACCGCUGGAGCCUCGCCCCAGGGCGACCGCGCUGACAACACGAACUCGGCCCCGAAGGAUCCAGACGAGGUGCGCGUCCAGGUGGCGAUCCCAGGCCAGAUGGCGGGCGUUAUCAUCGGGAAAGGGGGCGAGAGGAUCAAGCAGACCGGCACACAGUCCGGAUGCUACGUGAAGAUGACGGGCAGAGUGGAGGGCAGCGACAAGCGCGCUUGCGUCGUCAGCGGGCCGCUCGAGCCGUGCAUCGCCGCGCAGACGGCCAUCUGGGAGCAGCUGAAGGAGGGCCACGCCUCCAACAACAUGCCCGAGCCGCAGCACUUUGUCGCCACGAUGCUGCUCCCGAGGGUGCUGAGCGGCGCAGUGAUCGGCAAGGGGGGAUCGACGGUGAGCGCCCUCCGCCAGCAGACGGGCGCGCAGAUCCAGCUCGACAACGACAGCAAGGAGGGGGACACCAGGGCCUGCAAGAUCGAAGGGGGGUUCAUGCCCGUGAUGCUCGCAGAGCGGAUGGUGCAUGCGGUGAUCAAGCAGGACCGGGGAGUGCGCGAAGCACCCGGAGAAGCUCGCCGCCCACCAGGCCGCGGCCUCCGGCAGCCAGAGCCAGGCCUCGGCCCUGGCCACGCUCGCGCAGGCGCUGCAGCAGCAGCCCGGCCUGGCCGCCCAGCUGGGGCUGGGCGGCGCGGCGCACGGGGCGCCGGCGCCGCCGCCGCCGCCGCCCGCACCCCCGACGACGGCCGGAUUCCACGACCAGCCCCUGGCGAAGCGGGCCCGCACGGACGGGGGGCCGGUGUCCAACCUGUCCCACCUGGGCCCCGAGUUCGAGACGAAGGUGCUCGUGCCGGACUCGUCGGCUGGAUACGUCAUCGGCAAGAAGGGCAGCGCGCUGCACCAGGCGAGAGAGACGUUCGGCGUGGACGUGAAGGUGAUCCGGUCGGAGGAGACCUGGAACCCCGCACUGGAUCGGGGAGCGGAUGGUCAUCGUGA